CGGGGGGGGUGGUACCGGAGCACCGCCCCGCGGGAGGGGCGGGGCCGGGGCGGCUCCCGGGCGGGGCCGGGGCUCCUCCACCCCGCAAACCGCAUUCGCCGCCGCAGCGCGACGAGGGAGCUGGAUGGUCUGAAGAGAGGAGCUGUGGGGGUCUCUCUGAGGAGCCCUGGCGCAUGAGCAGCAUCAUGCUGGCUCCCAAGAAAGGCCUGCUGUGCAACCUCAACCACAUCCAUCUGCAGCACAUCUCCCUGGGGCUGCACCUCUCCCGGCACCCAGAGCUCCAAGAGACCUCCACCUCCGUGGGUGGAGGAGACCAGACCGGCUGCAGCGACUGCCCGGAGAACUGUGAGCAAGUGGAUGCCAAUUCCAACAAUCCCUCCUUGAAAUGCCGGUGUUGUGAGUCCCACGCUCAGGAGCCGGUGACGUUGGGUCUCCAGAACCAGGCAGCUCAAGAGGAUUUCCCCUACCUGCAUGCUGGGGAGGAGGCGACUUCCCCUUGUGAUCCCCCUUGUGAUCUGGCUUCCUCCUCCUCCUCCUCCUCCUCUGUCAGUAGCUGCUCGGAUUUCAGCUUGGAUGACUCCCCGGUCUCCGUGUACUGCAAGGGGUUCUCCAGAGAAGGGUCCCAAUCCCCUGAAAAUCAGCCCAACGUCAUUCCCAUAGAAGACAUCCAGUUGUUGGCUGACCAGGGGAGGACGUGCGAUGGAAGAGACACGAACCUCAACCCCCUGCUGCUCCAGAGAUCAGACACCUUGGCUGGAGCGAGCCCGGACAGCCUCUGCAGCAGCACCUUGCUUGAUUCCCAGUGCGAUGAGACCUUUCCCAGUGCAGUCGCGCAGGAGACCACCAGCAUCUGCGCCGACCUUGACCCUAACUGCAACUCCCUCCCCAACCCCGAUGCCACGGCUCCGGCACUGCCAUCCCCAAGACGAUGGGAUUCUGGUCUGAGCAGAGCUCCUGAGCUGCAGCCCCGAGCUGGCAGUGUCCCCCCGCCCGUGCCCCCCCGGCCCCGAAGACGGCUGCAGGUUCUCAAUGCGCAGAGGGCAGAGCAGCUGCUCCUGCCCAUAGAGCCGGCGCCUGGCUCGGGUGACCUCUGCAGAGAUGCGGGCAAGAAGACCAUCACCUCCUUCCACGAGCUUGCCCAGAAGAGGAAGAGGAACACCGCUGGGCCCACUCCUGCCCAGGCCAGGGCUGACCGGAGCGACUGGCUGAUCGUAUUCUCACCUGACACAGAGCUGCCACCCCCCAGCGAGCUCCUCUCCAACGCCACGGGCCAGGAGCCAGCCCGGCCCCAGCUCCAGCACGACUGGCCGGCAAAACCACCCAGCUCCAGGCAGAGAGAGGUGACCACGUUCAAGGAGCUGCGGUACCGCAGUGCCUCCAGCAAGCCCAAGGGCCAGCCAGCCGGCGAGCGGGCAGAGCUGGUGGCAUCUCAGCACCCGCCUGCACCCCUCGAGGUGGCCAUAGGUGGCGACGGCGCAGGCUGGGUGCCACCUGCGCCUCUGGGCGCACACUUGCUGGCACCCAUGGAAAGCCACCAGCCGAAGAGGAGGCGAUCCCGGCCGGGACUGCAGCCCAUCGCAGAGGCGCAGCUGGGGGCCGCAGAGGAGGGGGGGCCGCCACCGGGAGAGACGGGGCUGGGCUCCGCCUGUGGCAAAGACACCCCGGUUCUUCGGAGGCUCGGGGGACCCGCUGGGGACCCCCGGGUGUCGGGGACGGUGGAGAGCAGAGACGAGCCCUGCAGGGAGGCCAGGCCCGCCGCGGGGAGCACGGAGGGAGCCCGCCGGCCCCGCGGGGAGCAGAAGAAAGCCCUGCUGGUCGCCAUCAGCGCCGCCGUGGAUAAGAUCAUCGCCCACUUCAGCGCCGCGCGGAACCUGGUGCAGAAGGCCCAGCUGGGAGACAGCCGGCUCAGCCCAGACGUGGGCUACCUGCUGCUGCACACCCUCUGCCCUGCGCUCUACGCCUUGGUGGAGGACGGGCUGAAGCCGUUCCAGAAGGAUGUUAUCACAGGCCAGAGGAAAAAUUCCCCCUGGAGAGUGGUGGAAGCCUCUGUGAAGACAGGCCCCAACGCCCGCUCCCUCCACUCCCUGUGCUGGCACGUGGCCGGGCUGGCCCCUCUCAGCAGCGCCAGACAGAAGUUUCAUGCCUUUAUCCUUGGCCUUUUGAACAUUAAGCAGCUGGAGCUGUGGAUCUCUCACUUGCAGAAGAGCCCAGGUGUAAUCUCCGUGCUGUAUUCACCCACGGCCUUCUUUGCCCUGAGCCAAGGCCCUCUUCCCCACCUCGCCGACGAACUGCUGCUGCUCAUCCAGCCCCUCUCGGUGCUGACUUUCCACCUUGACCUGCUCUUUGAACACCACCACCUCUCCAUGGACGUAAGACCCUUGUCCCGUCGGCUGGAGUCACCUCUGUCGCCCGCCCAUCGCUCUGCUCAGGCUGUGCAGCCUUCUCCAGAGGGCCAAAGUGGUGCUGCGGGGGCCAGCCUGGAAGAUGAGACGCCCCCCGAUGCUCUGGGGAGGGUGGCCGGUGCAGAGGGCAACGAAAGGGCCCAGUCCCAAGCAGCCGUGCGUGGGCUCAUCCCUGGCCCCGAAGUGGGGGCUGCCCUGCAGCAGACCUUCCAGCACGUGCUGCGGUGGGGCAACCAGCUCAGUCGUACUUUCCUGGGAGCUGACAGCUCCCCGGAGACCCACAGGCCCGAGGCAGGCCCUCGGGAUGCUGGGGCUGGCUGGUGGGGCCAGCUGAGCCAGGCUUCCAGGAUUUAUGCUGCUCCUAGCAAGGAAAAGUUCCCCUUCGUCUGGUGGACAAAGCUGCGGAUGGCUGCGGGGGAUUCCAGCCCCGGCCAGGCUGCGCGACCCCAACCGUCCGUGAAUGAGCCUAGAGGCACGGAGCUGCAGCUCCUGCAGACCAAAGCUGGCCCUGAACUCCCCGGUCCAAAGCCCAGCAGCAGUGCCGACACCUCUGGGACCUCUUCCCCUGAAGACCUCAUUGUGCCUGCUGGAGCUGGAGCACCCACCAAGCUGGAUGAUCCCGCUGCUGGAGAGAAACUCCUGCCUGUUUCCCCGGAGCCUUGUGCGAACAGGAAUCAGGCAGCACCUUCUGACCCAGAGGCGGAUGGUCCUCCUGGUCCUGACAAGGGCAGCUGGCUGGGCCGGCUCUUUGGGGCCACCAGCCCCUCUGCCAGGAGCUUCCCGCCCAGUCCUGACGCCAUCUCAGCUCGGUCCAGGAGACCUUCCAGCUGGCUGUCCCCCAGCGCACGUGUCCUGGCUGUGGCAGUGAAGGGGCUGGCGGCUGAGAAGAGCCCUGCUCAGGAGGAGCCGGAGAAGAACUCGUCUGUCUCGCCGCAGGCCCCCAGGGCGGUUCGGGCGCUGUGUGACCACACGGGCGCUGCCGACGGUCACCUGAGCUUCCAAAAAGGGGACAUCCUGCAGCUGCUCUCCACCGUGGAUGAAGACUGGAUCCGCUGCUGCCAUGGAAACAACACUGGCCUGGUUCCUGUCGGUUACACGUCUCUCAUUUUGUGAGGAGGCGGAGGAGACCUGAGGAAGCGACUGAGCUCGCCGAAGCAGAUGCCACCUCCGGGAAGGCCCAUCUCCCGCCACGGCUUCACCGCCCUCGGGGCUGGCAGUCCUGCAGGGGACCCUGCCCUGGUCCCUCUCGCUGCUGCUCGUUCGCAUGAUGUUACUGUCUGCCGCGGGUGCACCCCGUGAGCCACUGCUGCGCGUGUCCCCGCAGACCUGCUGGCACUUCACUGUGGCGCCCGGUCGGGAACUGCUCUUGCUCGUGUUUCCUCAGCUGCUGCCCACGUCUGUGCGGGGGGAGGGAAGGGCCCCGGCCCCGCGCGGUGCUCACGGGCCUGUGUGUUGUCUCCGUGCUGUUGUGUCCCGCCACUACUGCCACCUCCACGUGCCCUGCUCUGCCCCGUGGCGGGGGCUGGUGGCCCAGGCUGGCCCCAGCUGCUGCUGUGCAGUCCCAGCAUUCUGUGAAUAGUUGUAACCACGGGAAUAAGCUUAUUCCGGGGGGAAGACUGGAAAUAAAGGUUGUGACUCACGUG